CUUUGUCCCUCGAUGUUCCGACUGCUAUCUUGAUAUGUAGAUCCAGAGACUAGACUUGGGCCAAAGGACUAAAAUUCUACAAGCUUCUCCUGUCUAUCUGGUCAUCCUCCUCAUUGACGCCCGCUUGACGCGACUACGCACGACGUGAACCUAGAUGGUAUGCUCCUGUCUCAUGUCUCGCAAUCUGGAAUCUGCAACACCAACGUGCAAUUGGAUCACCAGCUCGACGACGUUCACACAAGAAGCCGCCGACACUCUAGGGUACAAUUUGGCCUGAAGUUGCAUCUACACUAGGCCUUGCUGGACAGCAUGUAUUUGGACUCCUCCUAGCACAGACGCAGUCCGGCAUUCACCUACCGGGUCUGCCUCUCCAAAGUCAAGGACUCAUUGCAAUUGAGCAUGCUCAGGGCGGCUGCCAAUUGACGCGAGCCUCUUGUGGCAUUUCCAGAAGCAUGGAGCCAGAAUUCAGUUACUCACUACCUUCGCCAACGGAUACUCCAUACCGCACACCGUCGAGUUCUCAGUCGACUCGAUCACGGCGUUACGACGACAUGUCACCUUCAUCAACACCGCCGCCAAUGCCCGAUGAGCGAGCCAGCAAGAGACGAAGUAAUGAUUCCAUCAAUCCUGCCCUCGACGAACACAUUUCUCCCCUCGACCCUCGAAGAUUCACUCCCACACUCCACGCCUCAUUGGUAUCAGAGAUUCUGUCGUUACGGAGAGACCUGGAAAGUCGAGCUGAUGACAUUGAAAAGCUGGAGAUCAGCCUCCACAAUGCGCAAUCUCAAAAUGAAAUCUUGAACAACAAUUUACACCAAGCCAACAAAGACACAAGAUCGGUAAAGAGGCAGAUGCAACUCCUCGAGGGAGGCACACUUUCGGCCCUAAAUGAACUGGCAAAGGAACGAGAUGAUGCCUUGAAUGACGUCUCAGAGCUGCGCAAGCGCCUCGACCAAAGUCAGAAGAAGGCAAAAAGUCAAGAGGAAACCGCAGAGAAGACGCAGACUCUAUGGGACAAAGAUAAAGAAGCAUGGUUGGCUGAAAAACGUGGCCUCGAGACCAAGGUCCAUAUCGCUGAAGGCCGUCUCAAGGUCGUACUGAGCGAAGUCGCCAAUGCUCACCAUCAUGUACCCCCUGUUUCUCCGACCGAGCGCGCAUGUCAGAGUCGGAACAGCUUCAUGGAGAGCCCAAGUAAAGGUUCCAUACUCGCCCGAAGAGGACGAAGGCAAAGCGCCACGUCGAUCAACAGCGACACACUUGGGGGCCGUGUUUCCGUCUUGAGCUUCCACAACGGUGUCACAGUGAAUCUGGCGGAUGAGCUUGCCUUUGACGAGAUGGAGGAAGAUAUGGCUAACAUUCCCGAGAACGAGGAGAACGAGGAGGACGGCCGCAUCUCUCCCGACGCUCUUCCAGAAGAGCAGAUUCGACCGGCCUCAAGUCUCUCCAUCAAGGCUCGCAAGAUCUUGGGUAUGCCUCUGGACUUCGAAGAGAUUGAGCGCAGUGAGAGCCCCGACCAAAAGCGGUCGAGUGUCGCAUCAAUAGAUGGUGUGCGCCGCCGAGCAAGUGUCAACUAUGUCGACACUGCUAUCCAGUUUUCACCACCACCUUCGCCCUGGCCGGCAACGUCUGUCAAUCGACAGUCGAAAUCCGUUCGACCAUCAGAGAUCGAAGUCGGAACCGUCAGGCAAAUGGGUGUUUCUCCUAGCCUGGUCAGUCCUGUCGACAGCGUGGACAUCUUGUGGGAGAAACAGCGACCGGUGAUGGUCUCUACUGCUUGUCAGACCGUGGAAGCCAUUCCAAGCCCACCACUCACUCCUAAGAAACAUGACAUCCCCUUAACCACAAUACCCGAGAGCGCUCUUGAGCGGGUGCCAACAGCUACAAUCGGCACCCAGACGGAAUCUGCUAUACCUGCAUUGGUCAUCAACAGUCACAAGCACACUGAGAGUGAAGAAACUGUCGAUCUCAAGAUCCCGUUGAUCGCAAUCAUUCCUCCUGGAUCGAGACCUGCCACACCUGAAACUAAUGUUGUGUUACCACCCCGAACCAGAAACGCAGGUACCCAGGUCACCUCUCAGUCUCUUGGCGGAUCCCAGUCAACAUCGAUGCAGACGGAAGAGAUUCGCGUCGAUAAACGAGCCAUUGUUCCACCCUCCGAGAUGCCACCUGCUCCGUUGUCAAGCCAUUUUAGAGCACCAAUCUCAUCCAUGACGGUGCCACCACCUGUUCCCCGGCCCCGAGUAACUCCUAUUCCCUCUACGCUUACUUCCAAGCGCGGUACAGUGGCUGGACCGUCCAGGGCACCUCCGCCUCCCAUCAAUGACAGCGGGCCACUCUCCAGAGAAUUCGCUUCUGGCAUGCCACGACCGAUCAGAUCCAGCAGCCUUUUUGCUGGAUUUGACGACGAUGCAGAAAACCGAGAUGAUCUGUUUGACGAGGGUAAUUUCCCAGAGGACGACAUUUUCAGCCGCCCUACCGCGAAAUUCGUGCUUAAGUCGGGCAAGAUGGUGUCGCAGGACCCUGUAUUGGAGGAUAUCGGCGAAAGUGUUGCGGUUAGCGCGGGUGAAGCAGCUGCACUGGAAAACCUCCGAUUUUCUGAGGAUGGCCUGCCUCCUGAAAUGAGGAGUAUCCUCUCCAAAGGCCGAACUAGCCCGCGUAAAGGCUCUCAAAGACAGAAUAUCGGUUCGAAAUUGAAGAGAGUGGCCUCGGUCAGAUCAAACAACAUGAGAAAAGCUGCUUUGAUCUCGAGUGGGACCGCGGCUCAUCGUACGUCGCAUUCGCAAUCAACUACAGCUUCGGUCGAGAGCAAUGCUCCCUUCCCAGUGCCUCUGAGGUACAGCUCUGCCAGGAUUGGUAAAUCAAUCAGUGAAGGCGGCAGAAGCUCGCCUGGAAGCAGCAACGCCUCACCUACCAAGCGGCCCAAGAACAAAUAUCCCAGACCAAUGCUGAGAAAGGCACGGUCAGGGCCUGCCAUCUCUCCUCACUCUCAAGGACGACGAGCUCGCAGUCGAUCACCUCCCCUUGAUCCUCGGGUUUCGAUUGUGCCGGAAAUGCCUAGCUUCCAAAUGCCGACAACAGAACCGGCGUCGUUUCUAGCAGAACCGUACAGCAACCCGCGCGAGGCAAGCGCACCACGUCCCUCUAUUGCUACUGGGCCUAGUCGACAAGGUGCUCAUACGAAGACCAAUUCAGACGCCGUGUCCAUGCAUCAGACAUCUGUGGUUGAUUCCAUCGCCCAGACGAUGGUUGGCGAGUGGAUGUACAAAUAUGUCAGGAGACGAAAGUCGUUUGGAGUCACUGACAAGGCCGACUGGGACAGCACUAAGAGCGUAGAAGAGAUAUCUCAGAGUGUUACAAACAAUGGCGUCCGUCACAAAAGAUGGGUAUGGCUUGCUCCUUAUGAGCGCGCCGUCAUGUGGAGCAGCAAACAACCUACUUCGGGUACAGCUUUGAUGGGGAAGAGUGGCCGAAAGCUGACUAUCAAGUCAGUUCUUGAUGUCAAGGACGAUAACCCUAUGCCCAAAGGUGCAAUCGCUGGUCAACAUUUCAACAGGUCUAUACUCAUUUUGACGCCUCAACGAGCUCUGAAGUUUACAGCGACCUCUCAGGAGCGCCAUUAUGUGUGGUUGACAGCGUUAUCGUUUUUGUCGCAUUCACCACUGAGCGUCAAUGACUUGACUGCAGUCCCUCCACCUCCGCCUCCUCCAGAAAAUGACACGUUGAACCAACCCACGCCGUCUCUUGCGGGAUCUCUCCGCCGGCGACCUAUCCGCGACUCGAUUCGCAUUGCAAAGAAUCCCAUGAGGGCUGGUCCAGGUCCAAGAUCCUUCACAACUGAUGGCUCCAUACCUGUCCAGGAUUCACGACCACCAACGCGUGACUUUUACGACCCAACGCAGGAUCCAGCGCUUCCACCUAUCAUUCCGCGACAUUCGCGAAAACGCAGUAACACCGCACCACGAGCGCCACCAAGUUCGUUCAGGAGCUUUUCUGCGAAAGACGCCACUCCUAGUCUGCCGGGCCCGGGUUCUACAUACUCGCAAAGUAUUCGCUCUACAGCAGUAUACUCGUCUGAUCGGGGGCUUUAUACGCCCAGUCUUGGCAUGCAGAGUAUUGUAAGCAGUCGCAGAGGCAGUGAGGCAAGUGCAUCCGGCCGGCCACCAAUCCCGGCAAUUUUCUUGGACGGUAAUCAGGCCAACACCAUGCGAAUGGACGCAUUCAUCGAGGGCAAGACAUCGACUUCCUCGAACCGCCCCUCUUUCAGUCUGCUACGGGGACCACCGAAGAAAAAGGACAUGGGCUAUUGGGGUCUUGAUCAAGGUCGUGACAGCAUCAGCCCGGUAGAUUCGCUGCUCCACAGCGAAAUGAUAGCAGCAAGUUCAUCGACAAGAGGCAGUUCCGAUUCGAGAGAUCCAUGGCGAGGCUUUUGAAGCUUCUUUUUGUGAUACCGGACCAGAAUAUCUACACCACUAUUUUACCGAUAAUGUUUAGGUAUGAAAGAGACAGAAAAAGUCGACUUUUAGUUUUGAUUCCCGAUAUUUCUUAUACAACAGUGGAACCACAGACCGCCACUGGACAUCUGCUCGUGCAUGAACGAGCUUGAAUGUCUGCGAGCGACUCGGAAAGAGGUGUUUGUUUCGUCCUGCAGCCGAAGGUUGCAUUGACUGGGGACAACUGUGCAACAGCGUUGGAGAAGAUGGAAAAGGUAGGGCGCAAGCCUACGAACUCUGAAGACAUAUAUGGGCGGGAAAGGCGUUUUCAAAGGUUUCAUCUGUUGUCUUCUAGUCUACUAUCAUACCCACUUCGUUUCUGCUUUGUCGGUUGGCGAUGAUGGCAAUAUGAGGCGUUCGAGCGACUGCCAUUCAAGGACGAAUGGCCGUGGGAUUUAUUCAAUUCUAUGAGGAUUGCAUCAC